UAAUUGAAUCUAAUUAUAAUAUUAGUAUUAGGUUACAUAAGGUCACAAAAUUAACAAGUUUAACGUGAAUAUUACGGGUGGAUACUUGGUAAUGAUGACUGAGAGAAGAAAAAUCUCAGGAUGCAAAUGCGUGCAACAAAAAUUGCACAAACAACGAAAGAAAGAUCAAUGCAAGAGAAAGAGGCAAACUUUGGUCUACAAUCCGGAGGAAGAAAUGUGGCAUGAACCGUAUUUGAGGGAUCUGCGAAAAGAAUUCUCGGAUGUCUCUAUAUUGUGCGAUUCGAAGAUUGAGCUGCCGUGGAAAGACAUUGCGUUGCCAUCGGCUGGUAUGAAGAUUCGUCAAGAAGUUUCGCUGACUCCUUUGCAACGUCGGAACGGAGACGAGAACGACAAAGAUGCCGACAAAGAACCGGAGGAAAAGGAAUCGUUGGGUCGUAUGAAUCUACCGUGGAAGGACUUGAUCAUUACGGAAACCGUACCGUCGACACAGGAUGACCCUGCCAGUUGCGAUUCCCAACUGGAGAUUCCAUGGAACGAUCUUAUACUCGAGAAACCGAUGGACAUACAACCGGUAUACGAGGAGGAAUGCGUCACGGACGACGUCGAAAUUCCAUGGAACGACAUUUUAAUACCAAAAAAUUUAGUAAUCGAGUCGCAAAAGAAAAAACAUCCGUCUUCGAAAUAUCCACCGCGUUCGUCAGCAGGUGCGAAAGUUGGUAGAGGAUGCUGUUGCGUUAGCGUUGGCUGUAGAACGAAAUGGACAGCAGCUUGUAAAUAAUUUAUUUGCUUCCAAUAACGCUCUAAUGUAAAGUUUUCAAAAAG